AUGGGAUCUGCAGCAUGUAAGAAAGAAGAAAUUGAAAUAAAGAAUCUUUAUUAGCUUUAUCAUAGAGUGAGUAAAUAAAAUCUACCUGAUCAAAUAUCUAGUGAAUUACACUCAGUACGCACAAGACUGAUUAAAGAUAAAAUUCCUAAAGCAUCCUAAAUACUUUAUAAUAUCCUCCUUAAUAAUAUUCAGGAAGAAUCAAUAUUAGAAACUCAAAGACUCAAAUUCCAAAAAGAACAAUAAUUAAAUUGUUCUAAAAUUCAGAAUGAUUGCCAAUUAUAUAAAUCAUAGUCACUUUUUUUUAGAAGUUUUAGAUUUUACAAUUUUGAAGAGCUAAGAAAUUAUAUUGUUAAUGACGAAUACAAAAACAACACUUUUAUUUUUGAGAUUCUUAACCUAUUUAACACAACUGAUAUUUAUUGCUAAAAGGUUAAGUUAUUUUUAUCAAGAAUCAAUUCAAAAUACUAUAUGCUCUUUUAUUCUCUUCUCUGGAAUCAAUACAAACUAAAUAUCAAUGUUUUGAGCUCUAUUUUUCCUUUUGAGUUUAUGAAUGAUGGUCGAUGUCAAAAAAUUCCAUUUGAUUUCACUUUCUAGUAGUUCAUGUAUAAAAUAUGGGGAAACAACAUUUAACCUAGAUUGAAUAAGCAUUAAAUCUAUGAUCUAUUACAUAGUAAAAAUAAUAAAGAAUUAAUACAAUAUUUUAAAGAUUUUAUAGAGAUAUCAACCAACGAAUAUCAAUUAACUUAUUUAGGAAAUGUAGGACUUACUUAUUCAAAUGGGUUUCAAGAUUUCCUAAACUAACUAAUAGAAUUGUUAAAUGAAGAAUUUGAUAGAUCAUUUUAUAACAAAGUUGAAGCAAUACUUAAGUAUGUAAAGGAAAAUAGAUUCUUAAAUCAACUAUUAAAUGAAUAAGUACUCAUUUAUUAUAUCUAUCCAUCGGUUUUUAAAUAUAUUGAAACUUAAUUGUCUCUAAUAUUAAAAGAACAAUUCAAGGUCACGAAGAAAUAUUUAAAAGACUAAAUUAUUUAAGAUAAGGUUUAAAGCAACACUCUCUCAAAGUUACUAUUAGAAGAAAAUGAGCAAAAUUAUACCAAGAUUUCAAAUACAUUAUCUUCUCAAUGUAAAACUAAUUAUACAUCUUCUUUGAAAGCAGAUUAUUUAUCAGUUUAAAAUUAAGAUGAAACAACAUUCUUUAAUUUCGAGAAGAAUAAAUGGGAGUAUUUCGCUGAUGUACAAUAGUCUAGCUGUCUAAAUAUGAUUGAGCUAAGUAACCAAGUAGAUGAAGCAAAGUUAAUAAUAGAGAAAAGAUCCAAUCACAUAUUUAAGAUAUUCAAUUUAGAAAAUCCAAAACAAUAAGAGUUUGCUAUUUAAUACGUCAACAUCAUGUUUAAUUACACUCAUAUAAAUAAUAAAGAGGAUAUAUCGGAAUUAUUACUUUAACUUAGUUUGUUUUAUUGA